AUGGUGUGCAUAGUGCCGCAUAGAACAUAUCAGCAAUCAGUUGACUUGGCGCCCAAGGACUACCUCGUCAUCACAUCUUGGUGCCUGGCUUUGUUCGCCUACACCUUCAAACAGAGGAAAUCAUUCCAUGACAUCUACUUGGCGAUCUUCUUCACCCUGCUGGCUUUCAUCCUCAUCAAGUCGCCCAAGAGGAGGCGGAAGAAGGGUCUCGGCAGCACUCGUCUCCAGAGGAAUCCGAGCUGGCAAGGCAGCGACACCAGCUCCAAGCACAGCAGAAGCGAAUCCGAGAUCCAAGAAGACGAUGAGUUGGGCCGCGGUUCUUCCAGUGAUCUCUUGGCAAGCAGAUUGCCGUGGCCAGGUAAGGAUGGCAGCAAGAACAACCUGCUGCGCACUGAGAGCAGCGUUUCUUCGAAUGAGUGGAAGUUUGUCUUGGAUAGUUUCACACAAGCCCUGGACGAGACGAAGGAGGAUAUCGGCUCGAAGUGCAGUGAUGUGAAGUGGGCGUAUGCUCUAUUUUGUACCUUAGUCACCAAGUCCAAGAAGGGAUGGCUGCACCAUCUGAAUUGGUACCUUGCGGGUCAUGAACGGAGGACUCCUUCCUUCGGCGGAUCAUACCGUACUGGCAGUGGCUCGAGGUACUGGGCCGAUGUUGUCAAGAGAGAGAUCGUGAAGAGGGCGUUGAACGAUGACAUGGUCAGAGUCAAGUUCCAGGUCAAGUUCGUAGUCGGAGGGUUUCUGGUCUGCCAUCUUUCGCGCGGCCCCCCUUUUUCAUGCAUACCACAGUACCCGAUGAAAUCUUGGGCCAUCGUGGCGGCUCUUGUCAGUCUUGAAUGGAGCAGCUCAACGAUGCAGACGUCGGCGUAUAUCAUCUCCCCUCAGACGUCUGUCUUGCGCUCGACAAGGGUAUCGCAGCUCAGCCGUCAUGCCCCUUCUGUCCUACGACCCCGGGGUGCGCAUGGAGGAGCAGGAGCAGGAGCAGGAGCAGGAGCAGGAGCAGGAGCAGGAGCAGGAGCAGGAGCAGGAGCAGGAGCAGGAGCAGGAGCAGGAGCAGGAGCAGGAGCAGGAGCAGGAGCAGGAGCAGGAGCAGGAGCAGGAGCAAGGGCAGGAGCAGGAGAUAGCUGUCCUCCAACUUUGUUUGCAGUUGCUGCUCUUCAGAAGGGAGCGAUGCAGAUGCAGUCGAGGAGGGAGGAGGAGGAGCUGAAGGAGGCGAGCUACCUCCUGAGCCUCUCGCACGAGGAGCUGAGAUCUUCUCUUCCUCCCGAGACCACGCGCAUGGGCCGACUGAUAACCUACUCCAGAAAGGUGUUCAUCCCGCUCACCAAGUUGUGUCGGUGA